AUGAUCGCUUCUGCUAACAGCAGUGUAAUCGCCGGUGAUGACGAGCAAUAUGCGCGUAAAGUAUUACGUACGGUAUUUAGUGUAGCUUAUUUUAUACUGUUCGUUUUCGGUACCUUCGGAAAUGGAAUUGUAAUUGUGAUGAUUGUGAAUGUGAUGACUGUUAUGCGCCGUGCAAGAUGUCGAACGAAUAUACGCAAAAUUAAUCCGAGUAGUACGAAACACGUCUUUAUCUAUAUCCUUGGACUUUCAGUAGUUGACUUAUUGGUAAUAAUUCAUCUACCAUUUCUGAUUGUCGAUCUUCUGUACGGUCAGUGGCUGUUCGGCGUGUUGAUGUGUAAGCUGUAUUGGUUCGGUGAAUGUGUCAAUAAAUUGUUGAGUAGUUUCAUUAUGACGAUCUUAAGUUGGGAUCGUUAUUUGGCUGUUUGUUCACCGAUUCGAUCGUUUAGGUGA